AUUCCCGGAGCACCUCGGCCUCGGCCCAGAGGCGAGUGUCGGACGCUGUGUCGGAGACUCCGGUCCCCGGCACCGAGACAGCCAACCCUCUCUCCUGCCCCGCGGCGGGAGAGCGUGUCCGGCCGGCCGGCGGGGCUCGCGACCCUCCCGCACCUCCCCUUCCCCCGCAGCCUCCGCCCCGCCAGGCCCGGCCCGGACCUCCGAGCCCCGGCCUCCUCCUCCUCCAGUCACCGCCGCCGCUGGGCCCAAAGCCCCACCUGUCGCUUCUCCUUCCAUUUUGAGAAGCCGAGGAAGGAAACAAGGAAAAAUGUCGCCAUGAAGGCCGAGAACCGCUGCCGCCGCCGACCCCCGCCGGCCCUGAACGCCAUGAGCCUGGGUCCCCGCCGCGCCCGCUCCGCUCCGACCGCCGUCGCCGCCGAGGCCCCCUUUGAUGCCGCAGAGCUCCCCCAGCGCCGCCGCCACCGCCUCCGACAUGGACAAGAACAGCGGCUCCAACAGCUCCUCCGCCUCCUCGGGCAGCAGCAAAGGGCAACAGCCGCCCCGCUCCGCCUCGGCGGGGCCGGCCGGCGAGUCUAAACCCAAGAGCGAUGGAAAGAACUCAAAUGGAUCCAAGCGUUACAGUCGCAAGCGUGAACCUUCCUACCCCAAAAAUGAAAAUUUUAGCAACCAGUCCCGUCGCUCCAAUUCACAGAAAAGCAAAACUUUUAACAAGAUGCCUCCUCAGAGAGGUGGUGGCAGCAGCAAACCCUUUAGCUCUUCUUCUAAUGGUGGAAGACGAGAUGAGGUAGCAGAGGCUCAACGGGCAGAGUUUAGCCCUGCCCAGUUCUCUGGCCCUAAGAAGAUCAACUUGAACCACUUGUUGAAUUUCACCUUUGAACCCCGUGGCCAGGCAGGUCACUUUGAAGGCAGUGGACAUGGCAGCUGGGGAAAAAGAAACAAGUGGGGACAUAAGCCUUUUAAUAAGGAACUUUUUUUACAGGCUAACUGCCAGUUUGUGGUGUCUGAAGACCAGGACUACACAGCUCAUUUUGCUGACCCUGACACCUUAGUCAACUGGGACUUUGUGGAACAAGUGCGCAUCUGUAGCCAUGAAGUGCCAUCUUGCCCAAUAUGCCUCUAUCCACCUACUGCAGCCAAGAUAACCCGCUGUGGACACAUUUUCUGCUGGGCAUGCAUCCUGCACUAUCUUUCACUCAGUGAGAAAGCCUGGAGUAAAUGUCCCAUCUGCUACAGUUCUGUGCAUAAGAAGGAUCUCAAGAGUGUUGUUGCCACAGAGUCACGCCAGUACGCUGUGGGUGACACCAUUACAAUGCAGCUGAUGAAGAGAGAGAAAGGAGUGUUGGUGGCCUUGCCUAAAUCCAAGUGGAUGAAUGUAGACCAGCCUAUUCAUCUAGGAGAUGAACAGCACAGCCAGUACUCCAAGUUGCUGCUGGCCUCUAAGGAACAGGUGCUGCGCCGAGUAGUUCUGGAAGAGAAAGUAGCCCUGGAGCAGCAGCUUGCAGAGGAGAAGCACACUCCUGAGUCCUGCUUUAUUGAGGCUGCUAUCCAGGAGGUUAAGAUUCGGGAAGAGGCUCUGUCUGGAGUAGCUGGAGGCAGAGGGGAGGUCCCUGGAGUUGUGGCUGCUCUGGAACAACUGGUGCUGAUGGCUCCCCUGGCGAAGGAGUCUGUUUUCCAACCCAGGAAGGGUGUGCUAGAGUAUCUGUCUGCUUUCGAUGAAGAAACUGCAGAAGUUUGUUCUCUGGAUUCCCCUCGUCCUCUUGCUCUCCCUUUGGUAGAAGAAGAGGAAGCAGUGUCUGAACCAGAAGCCUGUGAGGAGUCAGAGGUAGCAGAUGACAAUCUUGGGGAGGGGACCAUUUGUACUGAGUCAAGCCAGGAGGAACCCAUCACUAUGCCAGGCUUCACCCAGCUGAGCAGCUCUCCUUGUUACUACUUCUACCAAGCGGAGGAUGGACAACACAUGUUCCUGCACCCAGUCAAUGUGCGCUGCCUUGUGCGGGAGUAUGGCAGCCUGGAGCAGAGCCCAGAGAAGAUCUCAGCGACAGUGGUAGAGAUUGCUGGGUAUUCCAUGUCUGAGGAUGUUCGACAGCGCCAUAGGUAUCUCUCUCACUUGCCACUCACCUGUGAGUUCAGCAUCUGUGAACUGGCUCUGCAGCCUCCUGUGGUUUCUAAGGAAACUCUCGAGAUGUUCUCAGAUGACAUUGAGAAAAGAAAGCGUCAGCGCCAAAAGAAGGCUCGAGAGGAGCGACGCCGAGAGCGCAGAAUUGAAAUGGAGGAGAACAAGAGACAGGGCAGGUAUCCUGAAGUCCACAUUCCCCUAGAGAACCUUCAGCAGUUUCCUGCCUUCAAUUCCUAUACCUGCUCCUCUGAUUCUGCUUUGGGUCCCACCAGCACAGAGGGCCAUGGGGCCCUCUCCCUUUCUCCUCUUAGCAGAAGUCCAGGUUCUCAUGCAGACUUUCUGCUGACCCCUUUGUCACCCACUACCAGUCAGGGCAGUCCCUCCUUCUGCGUUGGGAGUCUGGAAGAAGACUCUCCCUUCCUUUCCUUUGCCCAGAUGCUGAGGGUUGGGAAAGCAAAAGCAGACGUGUGGCCCAAAACCGCUCCAAAGAAAGAUGAGAAUAAUAGCUUGGUUCCUCCUGCCCCUGUGGACAGCGAUGGGGAGAGUGAUAACUCUGACCGUGUUCCUGUGCCCAGUUUCCAGAAUUCCUUCAGCCAAGCUAUUGAAGCAGCCUUCAUGAAGUUGGACACACCAGCUACUUCAGACCCUCUCUCUGAAGACAGAGGAGGAAAGAAACGGAAGAAGCAGAAACAGAAGCUCCUAUUCAGCACCUCGGUUGUCCACACCAAGUGACACUACUCACCCAGGCACCUUCUCCAUCUGGUUUCUUUUCUGUGCUUUUGUUUUGCUGCUGUAAUUUUUAAGUAUUUGAGUUUGAACAGAUUGAUUAGCUUGGGGCGGGAGGGGGGUUCCACAAUGUGAGGGGAACCAAGAAAAUUUUAAAUACAGUGUAUUUUCCAGCUUCCAGUCUUUACACCAAAAUAAAGUAUUGACACUCACAAGA